ACGGCAGACCAGUCGUGAAAUCACUCGAGGUGCGUGGCCGCUCGUGUAGCACGAUCUGCUCGCGUCCGAAGAAGAGCUAUCGAUAUCCUUGCGUGAACUCUACGAUCCGCGUGUCCGCGUUAUUAACGACAAUUUUACUCGCGAGUGCGCUUUCGCGGGGAGACAUGCGUUCCCGAUGGUGUUAAUUGUGCCUCUUCGUGUCUCCUGUGUUUCUCCGAAUCUCUGUGUGUGGAAGGACUCUCACGGGGAAGUGCGCGAGGAAGCACGCGAUCUGUGAAUUUACAUGAGCGCCCUCACGCUGUGCGUGUUCGCCUUUCUGUGAAUCGCGAGCAGUGGAUUGCGCUUACAUAAAUAACGACGGGAGACCGAUUCGCCGCAGAUUCUAUCAACCAAUAGAGUGCGUUUCAAAGAGCGAAACUAUUUCAAAACGAGGCGAUUGACUAGCAAUAUUGCGAAAUUCACAAGAGCGACAGGAUGUAAUAUCUGGAGGGUGCAAUUGAUUCGCGUUGAGCCGUGAAGUCUAUUCUCGGUGAUAAAAGGCGAAGGAUUAUCGAGAUGAGCGGAAUGAAGAAGGCGAUCGGUGGAUCCAUUCAUAGAAUACGAGAGUUCGAGCUCGAGAAGGUAAAUCUGAUCGACGAGUUCGACAUUCUACAGAUAGUCGGCGAGGGAUGGUUCGGCAAGAUCUUGCUGACGGAGCACCGCAGCACGCAGACCGAGAUGGUGCUGAAGGCCUUGCCGAAGGCCUACACCGGCAUUUCAGACUUCUUUCGGGAAUUUCAUUAUGGAUUACAUCUGUCGGCGCACAGGAAUAUCAUAACCACUUACGACGUGGCGUUCGAGACGGCCGGAUUCUACGUUUUUAGUCAAGAAUACGCCCCGCUCGGCGAUCUCACGUCGAACGUGACGGAAACCGGGCUGGGCGAGCUGCACGCGAAGAGGGUGGCCAGGCAGCUCGCCGCUGCGGUGUAUCACAUACACAGCCGCGAGCUGGUGCAUCGCGAUAUCAAGCUCGACAAUAUACUCGUGUUUCGCAGCGACUUCUCGCGCAUCAAGCUGUGCGACUUCGGCGAGACCAGGCGGGUCAACACCGUCGUGCGAAGGCACAACGAGUGGCUGCCGUACUCGCCGCCCGAGGUAUUGCAGAUCGACACUGACGAGACGUACAAAGCUCGCACGUCGCACGACGUCUGGCAAUUCGGCAUUGUCCUAUUUGUCUGCCUGACCGGAUGCCUGCCAUGGCAGAAGGCGGCGUUGGAUGAUCCGCGCUACACAAGAUAUCAAAACUGGCACAACGCGACGCUUAACAUCGCCAAGAAGCCGAAAUUAUUUCAGCUGAUCAGCUCGCGGGCGCAGAGAAUGUUCAAAAGACUGCUCGACCCGAAGGCUGACAAGCGACCUGUCAGCGUGUUGGAGGCAAAUAAAUAUUUAGAGGACAGAUGGCUGGCGAAACUCGGGGCUGAGAAAGCGUUGAAUGGCGGCGCCGACGAGAGAGACGAGCUCUGCCCGUCUAUGUACAGCUUCCACAGUUCCUUGGAGGAGAAGAAUCAACUCCUACACACGCUCACGACGUACGGCAUCGAGACGACGGUGGAUCGAUCGAAGAAGAAGGAUCGCAUCAGACAGUGGAUCCAGGCUAGCGCGAUCGUCGAGGAGAACGAGGGGGACGAGUCGGAUACGUACGAGGAUUCAGAGUUCUAUGAAGAUGAGGAUAACGAAAGCGACGAGACGGAUCCGGUUCCCAUGCGGGGCAGGCAUUUCCCGGAGAGGCGUCCGAGCGCCGCGACGAACGAUCGUCGAAAGAGAAGAGGCAGCACCGCGUCGAAAAACAAAGUGCCCGUAAAGCCAGUCGAAAGGAAAAUACCCUUCGCGCCGCAGGUGGCCGAGGAGCGAGAAACAGUCGCGCGCUUUGCCAGUUUUCCCAACGGCGAUCCGAAUCUCGCCGUGAGAAACGGCAGCGAUCAAUCCCGCGACACUUCCGCAGCAUCGAUCAACGUCAUCUCCGACGUAUCGCCCAGCACCAAUGGCCGAAGCGUCAAGGAUCCCGCGAGAACUAACGUUAAUAAUUCUCAAGACGAAUCAUUAGAGCGUGCCACGCUGCCGAUCAAACAAUCACCGCCGAAGAUCGCAGCGGGCGCACCGGAUUCCGGAAAUAAGGUCGCGCCGAUGAGUCCGCAAAUCCCGGCUAGAAAAAAUCGUGCCCAUACAGCGCCGUUUUCGGACGUGCGAUCGAGCGAAAAGCAAGCGGAAUCCUCGGCGAGAAGGACACAAUCCGCGGCGGUUUUGCAGACGCCGGAGGCGGAGGAUCCGCCUCGGACGAAGACGUCCGCGUCGCCGCAUCCGUCGGCGGGUCGAGCGAGCCAUCCCUCCGUCGCUGCGUUAUCGGUAUCGCGAACAGCGAGAUCAGCCGCUCCGCCGGUCGGCCGAGCUGAUAGAGGAGCGGCCGCGUCGGCAACAGGCAACGCGGAGACGCAGCCUCCGAGCGGUGUUCCGCCCGCUCGAGUCGAGAGCUCGCCGCCAGUAGUGGCGCAAAUCACGAUGCCGACGAACGCUAUGUCGGCCGCCUCUCAUUUGGUAAUGCAGAGCUUCAACACUCUGCAGGAUAUCGCGGCGAAUCAUCAGGUUAGCAGCGGCACGCCUUCGUCGACGACCUCGCCGGCGAGCUCGUCGUCAAAUGUCAGCAAACCCGGUCAACGGAUCGAGGAGAGGACCGUGGCAUAUGGCAAAGACGCGUACGCGCACUACGGUAUCGCUCACGGAGCUAUCCUGCCGAUGAGAGUGAAUGUCGUCAGGCAGGACUCCGCGGGCAGUGGUAGUCGAUCUGUCAGCAAUUAACAUGCAAACUUAAUGACGCACCGGAUUACCUUGUCACUAAUUACAGCUAAACAUUCGCGCAAACUAAUCGCGAAACAAAUCGAUACUGUAAAUACACACGCUUGGAGGUGGAUAUUAAAAAUUUAUCUUUCCUCGAAAAAAAAAAAAAAAGAAGACUUGGCGCAAGACACGGGUGUAUAUCUUGAUUUGGCAAACCGCUCGAAUGGAAAGAUCGCGGAAGCAAACACGUGAAGUAUGAAUAUUUGCCAUCCGUGCGAUAUUUUCCAUUUUAUAACGUUGAGGUCAUUAUUGAAAAGCUGUUGCUUUGAACAAGAUUGCCAAAAGUUCCUCCGGAACGCGUAUUAUGCUAAUUAUGCGACGCUACGCAAUGUUCGAGUCUACGAAAUAAAAUAAAUUCGUUGCGAAAAUAACGUUUUUACAACACCACAGUAUAAAUGGAGACAUCAUGUUACGUACGUACGUCAUGCUUCAUUAGUUCCAAGGGACACUUAUAUCGCCACGUGUCGCUCGCUUCGUAGAGCAUAACGGGAUAAAAUUAGCGCGGCGUCUCGGAAGAGUUGCACCGCACGAGAAUGUAGCGCUCGAUCGUUAUUUUUCGACCGCGAAAAACGGAAAAAUUUCUAUGCAUGCAUUCUCUCUCAGAUCCAUUUCUUUUUUAAGGUUCAAUUUGUUAAUAUUACGUAACGCACUGAAUGUCUUUUCUCGAGGGGAAACGCGCGGAGAAAGAUGCGGCCUGCGGAAUGCGAGUUAGUUAAAUAUAUGUGCCUUGUGAUAUUAGAGAUCAUGUAUAGAGCUGUCUGGCUAAAAUGCGAGUGUAACAAAUCGAGAGGAAUGCGAGAGAAUGUGAAGUAUAUGUAAAUGUGAAGCGCGAUGAUUUGUAUAUAUUAUCUAUGAAAUAUAAUAUUUAUUGUGCUUUCACGUGUUACUCUAUUUUUCUUAUGAAGAAGAGCGUUAAUAAAUUAUUGCAAGUUUGCUUGAGACUCGCGUAUUGCGAUUCAAUAUGUCAAGAAUUUUAAAAACAGCGAUGUACGCGAGAUACCGUUUCGACGUAGACAUACUAUGAAUAAAUCAUACGAUACCAUAUUAAACCCGUGCCACUGACACGGUAUAUUUGUAUUGUAUAUUGAAUGGCGUAUUGUCUAUGCUAAUAGUGCGCGGACUAUUUACAGAACUAUAUUUCACUUUCUGUCAUGUUAAAAGUACAAUAGCAAAGAGAGGCGAUCAGUCAGACGCAUAUAUGUACGCGCAGAACACUCGGACAGAUUAUACGAACAUAGUCAUAUUGACGGCACUUCUAUUAGUAUGUAACAAUCAGAUCGAUAUAUACGAGCGCGCGCCGCUAAUCGCUAAUUACUACCGAUGUUCGAUAUUAUCUGAUUUACGUGCUGCGGCCGUAACUAUUAGAUAAGCUUCCUUCGGCGGCGAUUUCCGCUUAAACUCCGACGUUGCGACUAUUAGCGUCGCUCGAGGAGAGCGCGAACGACGAGAGAGAGAGAGAAAGAGAGAGAGAGAGAGCGAGGGAGAGAAGGGCGAGGCGAGAGAGCCGCGAGGGUGCGCGUUUGGCGAUGUGGAAAUAAUUCCCGGGCGAGCCGUGGCACGAAUUAAUUAAGAGAUACGUAAGUAGCGCAUAUUGCGCGGGAGACGCAAUUACCGUCGUCUUUGACGCCGAGGAGUAACGCGGCGGCGUGCAAGAGAUAUGGAGGACCGUCGCGCGCGCGCGAAGGUAGCGCGCGUUGUUUAUCGUCAUAAGCUAACUGGCGGAAUACUGGCGAAAACUUUCCCGACGUAAGCGUUAAUUAGUGUUUGAGUCAACGCUACUCGUGGAAUUGCUAAUUGACAUUUUUGACGGUGCACUAUAUUAUUAUAGAUUCGCCCACGCGUGGCGCCAAGCGCAGAUGCCAGAUACGAGAUACAUUUUUAUAACAUUUCUGCAAUAGGUUUUCGCUGUAUCAGUUGCAUUAUUGGUUACUGUUAAUAAAAUAAUAUUAAUUAA